GGUGUUUCUGUCUUCCUACCAACCGUUCAGACUUAUUUGAUCCCAUAUCACAUCCUCACACGCAAUGCGUGUCUCCUUUGUAAUCGUCCUCGCCGUCGCUGCAUCAUUAAUCUCUGCCACGCCCAUCGACGCUAGCGCCCAGAAAUGUCCCUUCUUUUGCUGGAUUGAUAUAAAUUGCGAGGACUGCACUGCAUCACAGAAAUUUCCAUUCUGUACAGUGAGUUGCGUUUCUGCUUUCACAUCGUAUGGCCGUUGGCACCGACGCGCGAGUUAUCAGUGAUUUGCAGAGCCACUAAUAAAACAUUGGUGGAGCUAGCGUCGUUUUCGUUCGAUUGUGAAAUGUGAGAUAUGACGUGGAAGGAUAUCUAUUACCGCGCAGAUCAACGUCG